ACCCGACCCGGAAGUGGAAGAGAGCGGCGGGAGACAUGGCGCUGUCAACAGCCCGACUCUGAGCCGAGUUUCUGAGGCGAAGGUUGCUGGUGGGGGAGGAACCGAUGAGGAGAACUCCCACCUCGACCCGCGGCGCUUCUCCUCGCUGUGCAGUUCGGGCUAUAGUUUCUGAUUGUGUUUUCCAAUUUCGGUGCCUUUUUGGGUACUCAAAGUGACCCCUCAGCCCGUCCCACGAAAUGCCAGAGAUUAGGCUUCAGCACGUGGUGUCCUGCAGCAGCGAAGACCCGACCCAUAAGGCUGAGAAUCUGCUCCUUGCGGAUACCUACCGAAAAUGGCGGUGCGGCAACUGUGGAGAGAAGCAGAACUCAGUCAUCCUCCAGUUUGAGAAGGCAGAAUCGAUUCACAGCAUUGAUAUUGGCAAUGAGGGGUCUGCUUUCGUGGAAGUGUUGGUUGGCAAUUCAACAUCAGCCUGUGAGCAGGACUUUGAGGUGAUUCUGGUCUCCUCCUUCUUCAUGUCUCCCACGGAGAGUCGCAGCGGCAGCAACCUCAACCGUGUCCGGAUGUUUGGGCCUGACAAGUUGGCCAAAGGUGUCCUGGGAAAAAAAUGGGACCGCGUCAAAGUGGUCUGUACUCAACCCUACAACAAGAAUUUGCCCUAUGGGCUCUCGUUCAUCAGAUUUCACUCUACUCCGGAAACUGAUGAGAAGACCCCAAAUUCCUGCACUCCGAAAGUGACCAAGCUCGGCCAGUUUGUGGUGAAGGAGGAGGGGAGCACCGAGAGCCUGCGGCCCGGUAGCCUGUUCUUCAACAGGGUGGCCAGGCCCUCGAACACCACUGCAGGGUCGCCCCUGUCAGUGAGCGAACAGCCAGUGGCGAGUUACGCAGCAGCCACUCUACAGGCCAGUGGGGUCACCUCCCCUGGUUCUGCCCUUGUAGGGGACAAUGAAAAUACACUGGUUCAGCCCAACCUCCGGGAUCUGACCCCCAAGGACGCGGUGCCAACCAAGAGGAAGUUUGAGUUCCCCAAGGAGCAAAGGAGGAAGGAGAAGGACAUGCCGGAAGGUUCCGGCAAGAAGGGCACUCCAUCGCCAUCUGCUUCGAAACGGCCCCGAGUAGACCAUCUUACCCCAAGGACAGAGCCGACGUUAGGGAAGAGGAAGGCGGGGGCAGAGGGGAAACAGUCAGCACCCUCUGCCCCAACCCUUGACUUCCACUCCAUCUUGGGAGGCACCGUGUUGGUCCUGAGCGGCUUCCAGAACCCCUUCCGCUCCGAACUGCGGGACAAGGCGCUUGAGAUGGGGGCUCGUUACCGGAGCGACUGGGACCCCGAGUGUACGCACCUGAUCUGUGCGUUUGCCAACACACCCAAGUACACGCAAGUGAAGGCAUUGGGCGGCACCGUGGUCAGGAAGGACUGGAUUCUCGACUGUUACAAGCGGAGACGCCGGCUCUCUCACAAACGUUACCUGCUGGAUGGGCCUGCUUCAAGCAGCGAGGAGGACGAGGGGGAUGAAGGACCCAGGCCCCCAGUGCAGACAGCUCACAGGAAGGCCCCUCAGCAGGAGACCCGAAGCGAGCAGCAGGAUGCUGUUCCGAGCACCUCCCGGCAAGGCGAAAGGAUGCCCACUCCAGAGCAGGUCUAUGAAGGGUCCACAGAUGAGGAAACACAAGGAGCACAGAGGAUGGUUGAUGACGAUUCUGGCUGUGACACAGAAGAUGAGAUUAAAAGGGCAAUGGGUUUAACCCGUGACUCCCACCUGCCCAGGGUCCAGGAUGACCUCCAGAAGCAGCGAGAGGAGGAGAGCGAUCCGUACGCGGCGUCCACUGACGAGAACACCGACAUAGAGGACACAGCACCGGAGAUCAAUCUGCCCAUUCCAGAGCUGCCUGACCUCUUCAUGGGGAAGCACUUUCUCCUGUAUGGGGAGUUUCCAAACAAUGAGCGUCGCCUGUUGACUCGUUAUAUCACUGCCUUCAAUGGCUUGCUGGAAGACUACAUGAGUGAGAGUGUCAACUUUGUGGUCACAGCUGAAGAUUGGGAUGACCGAUUCGAUGAGGCGCUGAUGGAGAACUCGAACCUGGCUUUCGUCCGCCCCCGCUGGGUGUACACUUGUAAUGAGAAACAGAAGCUGGUCCCCCACCAGCCUUACGUGGUGGUUCCCAGCAUCUAGACCACCCAGCCAUCUCUGGGCGGAGAGAGUGGAGUCCACCUUAUCCCGAGGAACUCCCCUCUCCCUUGCUGGCCCCAUCUGUCACUGUGCUCCCUUUCUCCCUCCGCAGAGAACACGAGGCCUUCUUCCUCAUUACCCUUCCUUCAGCUGUCUGAUGCUAAAAGCUUGGGGGCAAUUUGGUGUUUCUGUUCUCCCCCCCCCCCACUCGUCUCUCUUUCACACCCCCUCUACCUCACUUGUACUGAUUUUUUUAGUGCUCUCUGCACCUUCCCCUUAGUGUGUUGUGGACAGACACACUCCCACCUGCCUUUCCCUUGGGCAUGAGGGUGCCACUCUUGAGCUGUUUUGUGGUUUCUCACUCUUCAGUUCUCAUCUUUUAUUGCUUCUAUUUUGAAAUACGGACAAUAAAACGACGAUUUCACAAA